AUGAGUCAAGAAUUAUCAAUCAAUCAUCAAUACAUUGCAUCUCAUAUCAGCGAUUUUAUUGAAGAUGGUAAACUAUUUGUCGUGUUUGAUAAACAAGAUAUCUUAAAAAUUAUGGAAUUCGGAUAUUUCUAUUAUGAUGAAUUUAUUAACCUCCUCAAGCAAUCAUCUCCUACCAUGGAUGCAACAGACUUAUAUAUCUACACCAGAUGCGCAAAUAUUUAUAUCGAUAAUUGUAAAGAUGCUGUUACAUUUUUGAAAUCAUUAAGAAGAUACCUGAAAAUGGAAUUAUUUAAUGAUGUCAUUGAUAUUUUAUACAAAUGUCAAACGCAAGGAUCAUCUGGGGAAACUAACAGUGAAAGCCAAGCGAAUGAUCAAGAAGUUCAAUUACUUAAAUCUCAAAUUCAAAAAAAGGAUGAAAAAAUUGCUCAAUUUAUGGAAGAAAUUGAUAAAUUACAGAAAGAUAUACAAAUUAAGGAAACGUCAAUUAAUCAAUCCGGUGAAGAAAACAAUAAAUUGAAGAAUGACAUUCGAGCAAAGACAACUUUGAUCGAUCAAAUUAAUGAAGAAAACGGUAAAAUAAAGAGGGCUAUUCAAAGUAAAGAUGCACAAAAUAAUCAAAUCAAAGAAGAAAAUGAUAGAUUAAAGAGAGAUAUUCAAAACAAAGAAACAACAAUCAACCAAAUUACAGAAGAAAACAGCAAUCUAAAAAGAGAACUUCAGGAAAAAGAAGUAAUUGUUAAUGCUCACAAUGAAUAA